CUGCCGCCCGCUCUGGCUGAGCAACUGGGCGUAACCGUAGUGCCCGCCAACGUGGUGAUUGACGAUGUCAAUUAUCGGGAUGGCAUUGACCUGACCGCUGACGAAUUUUACCAGCGCCUCGUUGCCGGCCCCCGCCUGCCCACUACCUCCCAGCCUUCCGUCGGCACCUUCCAGGCUGCUUACCAGGAGAUAUUGGAACAGGGAGACGAGAUUGUCUCCAUCCAUGUUUCCAGCAAGCUGAGCGGCACCGUCAACUCGGCGGAGCAGGCAAAGGCAAGUUUGGGAGACUCCGUCCCCAUCGAAGUCGUCGAUUCCCACAGCGCUUCAAUAGCGGUUACGCUGAAAGUGUUGGGCGCAGUUGACGCUGCCCGGCAGUCAAGCUCCCACCGGGAAGUCGCCGACGAGGUGCGGCGUGAUUUGUCCCGGACUACCGCCGUUUUUGCAUUGGAUACCUUGGAAUACCUGCAGAAAGGUGGCCGCGUAGGGAAGGCGCAGGCCUUCGUGGGUUCCCUGUUGAGCGUGAAGCCCAUCCUGACCCUGGUUGACGGCGAGGUGCACCCCCUGGAACGGCCCCGUAACCAUCAGCGAGCCAUGCGUCGCUUGAUCGAAUUGACCCGCGAAAAGGGCCAGCCCGUCCGCUUGGGCGUGAUCUACAGUACGGAGCAGGAAUGGGCAACCGAGAUUCGCAGCAGCCUGAGCGACUUGCUGCCCGAAGAGGAAAUCGUGACCGCCCGGUUCGGCCCCGCCCUGGGCACCUACGUUGGCCCGCGGGCCGUCGGCGUGGCGCUAACGGUUGCUGAAUAG